AUGCGGCAGAAUGUUUGGAAAUUGCCAGAGUCUCGGUUACCUUCGCUGUAUAAGGAUUUUAGGAACUUAAGUGAUUUGAAUCCAGAUGGUUACACGGCAAAUAUCGAUACAUGGAAAGAAUUCCUAAUCAAGAACUACUGUGAGGCAGAUGAAAAGACAGUGACUUUCCAUUGUGGAGAAGCACUUUUGCAAGAACUAAGAUUAGAAGUUCUUGGCGUUCCGAAAUGUGUUGACUUAGCAAUUGACGAACUAGUAGAAGAAAAUUAUUUAAUAUCUAUGGAUGAGUUCAAUAAAAAUUCACGUUCGAUCAGUAAUAAGGUACAGAGAAAAAGUUUAGUAAAUCUGCUUAGAUGGCUUGGGUUGAAUUCCAGGUUUAUAAGUAGGAAAAAUGAAGAUUCAUCUUCCUACUUAAUUGAAAAAGACUUUGUUGUAAAAACUUCGAUUGAGAAGAGCUUUGAAGCAGUCUACGAACAAAUAAGGAAGGGUAUUAUAAGCAGAGCAUCAGGUGUGACAGAUCUUGUUUUUACUGUAGCUGAAUUUUAUGAUAAGAGUGGAAUAUCACGGUCCCUCCGGUCAACUCUUGAUAGAGACACAAUGCUUUCCUUUCUCGAGUUGCACAAAAAAAUACUAAAACGAGAUGGUAAUAUAGUAAAACUUGUUGAUACGUCUACUGAAAAUAUGCUUAGAGUAACUUCAAAUGAAAUAACAGAGAAUGAUAAACGUAUAGUUGAUGUUAAAACGGCUAUUUCUAAAAUCGAGAAGAAAAUUGGUGGUCUGGAGGAUGAUUUGGAUAAAGUCAUUUUGAAAAUGAAUAAAAGGGAAUUCAAAGGUUUAUCUAAAGAAGUGCAGUUAGAAUAUGUAAAAACUAAGAUACUAUCUCAGAAGUAUAUGACAAGAUUGUUAAGCUACAUGAAUAAUCUAAUGACAGUAAAAAAUCAGCUAGAUAUGUGUUUGACGAACCAGUUGGUUAUUGAAACCUUGAACAAUUCAAAUGAGGCAAUUAAGUCAAUUAACGAGUAUAUUGGUUCUGCGGAAAAGAUUGAAGACUUGUUGGGCGAAAUAGCUGAGGGUUUCGGGCAUAAUGAAGAGAUAUCCCAGCUUUUGGAAAGUUAUAACGCAGAUCAAGAAUUAAAUAACGAAAUUGAAGAAGAACUAACUCUUCUCGAGGGACAAGAGAAAAAAUAUAACGAAGAUAGAGAAAACGAAGCUCUAAAAACUAGUAGUACAGAUGAGCAAACUCUAGAGAAAUUGGAAAAGUUAACAAUUACUGACGUGGAAGAAGCCGUGUCCACUAUAAAGUCCCAAAGUGGUGACACUGAGGAAGAAAAUUCUGAAGGGAAGAUUGCAGCACCAGCAUCUUAA